GUGAGCGAGCGCGUUCCGAGGCUGCGGAACGACAGCGCGGCUGUCUAGGAAACGGCUGCCCCGCCGGCCCAGGGAUCCGACCGCGGGCUGGGGCCGGGCGGGCCGUCACCCAGGCCGGAGGCGGCGCGCGGGCAUCACGGUCAUGAACUUCUGCAUUCCAACAUUGAUGCCGCUUUCAUACACUUAAGGUGUUCUGAACCACUGUCUUGAUCUUCUCUUUCACUCCCAUAUGGAAUGAAUGCUCUUUGGAGAAAUGACCUUUAUAAGAAGGAAAAGUAGAGGUGAGCUACAAGAAGGCCAUUUACUCCUCACUCUUCAGCCUAGAAGAAUAAGGACAAGGACAGAGCUAAGCACACAGCAGGGUUUCCCCUUGGACAUAUACGCCAGGCUGCCCUCCUCACAUCCAUUACAUACCUAUAAUCACAGCACUUAGGAGGAUAAGGCAAGAGGAUUGCCACAGUUUGAGGCCAGCCUGAACUACAUAGUUCCAGGCCAACACAGACUAGGUGCUGUUGUUCAACCCUAAUCCUUUCACCAAGAAUGAAACUAUUUAAAAAUUAAGAUGCCAACAGAUCACGAAGAGCCCUGUGGUCCCAGUCACAGGUCAUUUUGCCUGAAUGGGGGGAUUUGUUAUGUGGUACCUACUGUUCCCAGCCCAUUUUGUAGGUGCAUAGAAAAUUACACAGGAGCUCGUUGUGAAGAGGUUUUUCUUCCAAGCUCCAGCAUCCAAAACAAAAGUGACCUGUCCACAGCUGUCGUGGCCCUGGCUGUCCUAGUCGCACUCACCAUCGCAGCCCUCUACUUCCUGUGCAGGAAGGGCCACAUUCAGAGGGCCAGUUCAGUCCAGUGUGAGCUCAGCCUGGUAGAGACAAGCAGCACCAGUGUCCACCACAGUCACAGAGAACACUGAAGAAACAUCUAUGAAGGCAUUACUGCUUUCAUCUCAAAGGCUGGAAAUGAAACCAUAAGGAGUAACACCUUGGGGUCAUAAGGAGUACCAGAGCUAUGAAAGAAAAUCACUGCUGAAAAUCAAUUUUUAAAAGUACAUGAGUACAACUAUGAAGCUCUUAAAGGACAAUAAAUAUGCUUAGUUCUUUGACUGUAAGUAGAAUUAUGUGUAGCAAAACUC